AUGGCCGACGACGGAGAUGGUGUUAUCAGAUCUACGGCGGCCAACUGGUUUUCUUCCGACGUUCAGGGCGCCGAGGGACCUGGAGGUUGGCGCCUUGAUGUUGUAACCUUACUUGCUGUCAUCGGCGAGUCGUCCAUAGCAGAACAUUGCCAAACUGUUACUGCUAGCAUCUUCUGCCUUCUCCCGCGCAUUAUUCCUGCCCCGCAAGCUUUCCUAAAACCUUCCCGACCUGGUCGCUUGCCCGAGACCACAGCAAAAAUGACCGGCGUCUACAGCGGUGUUGUCCUCGAUACAGUGGGAUUCUUUGCCAAUAUCAUUCAUCCCCUCGACGAGUUACAACCAUUUGCUUUCCGAGUUCUAGAAAUUACCCAUACCGACCGCAAUAACGCCGGUGGCAUUAAGGUCCCCGGCCCACUCAAUAACAACGAGCUUCCUUCAAAGCAUACGUGCAAAUGGAAGGUCUACCAGCACAUCACAUGA